ACCUUGAACGUUCCAACAGCUUUCCCCUGAAACGAAAACUAUGCGCAUUGUGACGCAGCGAUUUGGCCAUUUGACUUCGCACUUGAAAUGCACAAAGGGAUGGCGAGUGAACGAGCAACAAUAUGCGCAAAGGUGUCAAACGUUGGAGGAAGUCAUCGUUUGUAGUGUUAUUCUUCUGAUCGUCCCAAAGGAACUUAAACGCUGCUUUAAAAGAACGUAGUUGGGAUGGAGGAUAGAACGUUAGCAGUAGCAUA